GUUCCAGCCAGCUUCAGGUCGACGGAUCCGCCUGAGGAGCGCGGACGCUAAGCGGGCAACGGCGGGUCAUGGCUGCGCUCAGGAACGUCGCCUGGCCGAACGCGAUAUGAGGUCAGUUCGUUUGUUUAACAACCCACCAUCGACCGUUCCACUGCUGCCAUCUUUAUUCUGUGCUGUAGUACAGCCUAGUCAGUCCUUGUUUAUUUAUUCUACAUCUGAUGACCAUGUCUGCCGUGGUGUCCAGGUAAUACCCCGCGGCAGAUCAAUUAAAUGUGCUGCCUACUCCGCUUCCUUCGCACCACAGAUGCAGGAGGAUACUAGAAAUGGGUUUAUUCGGUGACCUGUCGCCGGAGGGGAGUGUCGCGAUUGGAGUGAUUGUCGGGUUGAUCUCGACCAGCUUCCAAGCCAUCGGGCUUACCCUCCAGCGAAAGUCACAUAUCCUCGAAGACGAAAAAGCCCCUUAUGACUUACACAGACCUCCAUACAAACGACGGCGAUGGCAGCUGGGCAUGCUACUGUUCGUUGUAUCGAACAUCGUUGGGAGCACGAUCCAAAUCACUACACUUCCCCUACCCGUUCUCUCGACGUUACAAGCGUCUGGUCUCGUGUUUAACACCAUUUUCGCAACUUUGAUCUUAGGGGAGCCGUUUACCAGAUAUUCCCUUUUGGGAACUAUUUUGGUAUGCAUUGGCGCAGUGUUGAUUGCUAUAUUCGGCGCCAUCGGCGAACCAGCGCACAGUCUCGAUCAAUUACUCGCUCUUUUGUCACGACGGCCGUUCAUACUUUGGAUGGUGAGCACCGCCAUUAUUAUGCUUAUAGUCCUAGCUGGUUCUCGACUUCUCAAAUUCCUCGUAUCUCCUACUCGUUCGAAAUACCCAAGAUUGCGUUUCCUCUAUACUAUGUCUUUCGUUAUAUCCGCCCCUCGCGUGAAGCUCAUUCGUGGGCUGUGUUUUGGAUUCGUGAGCGGGGUCUUGUCGGCACAUAGCCUGCUCCUGGCAAAGUCGGCUGUCGAACUGCUCGUCCGCACUAUCGUCGACCGCUCUAAUCAGUUCAACCGCUGGCAGUCAUGGGUCAUCCUAAUAGGAAUGAUUGCUUUAGCAUUGACGCAGCUCUAUUUUAUGCAUCGCGGUCUGAAACUCUGCAGCACAAGCGUCCUCUAUCCGUUCGUCUUUUGCAUAUACAACAUCAUCGCCAUUCUGGACGGUCUAAUAUACUUCCGCCAAGUUUCCCAGCUGACCGGCAUGCAUGCUGGCCUUAUAGCGCUGGGCACGGUGAUUCUCCUAGCUGGAGUGCUCUGUCUCUCAUGGAGACUGGAGGAUCUGGACGCUCAUACUGGCGUCACUGUCGUUGGUCCUGCGCAGACCGCACUGGGACCAGGAUUAGGUAUUGUGGAGGAGCAUGCACCUAAGCGCGCUGGGCCGUUGCUGCUAGAUGAUGAAGAGGCCCGAGUGGGAGAGCGGGAACCACUCCUCUUCCAGCAACAGCAACAGCAACAACAACAGCGCUCUUCGCAUCAACGAGUUCACAGCCUGCCUUUGGCAUCUUCCGUUCGGAACCGCGGUUCUACAUACAGUGUCGAGUCUGCUCAAAUCUGGGCGGAACUGGAUGACUCUGAGGAUGAUGUCAACCUCGGCGACGCAGAUGUUCCCGGCACCGUGCCUCGGUCUUCUCUUCAAAGUCGACGUCGUAGCAAGAGCAAUACGCUCUCGUUAGGAUCCGCAUUAGGAAUCAGACGAGCCCUGGCGAGCGAGGAAGCCGCUGAAGGGUCGCCUCUCAGGAAGAUCCGCAAUCAGCAUCUCAGACCCGUCGGUCGGUCGCGAACGUGGGAUCCGCGUCGACUGCAACACUCUGCCUUGAGACACACAUCUGCGCCCCUAAUCGUCGGAGACAACCUUCACCAGACCGAUGUUGGUGCUGGCCUCAGCCACCGAGCAAUUAUGGAAUACGGCACGCAGGACGUACCCCGAACCCCUAGUAUAACCAGUCCGCGUCGCAACCCCCUCACCCGUAGCUGGCUCACAGGAGUGAACUACCUACGACGAUGGACAGGCAUGCGGUCUGGUAGCCGCUACUCGCCCGUCGACCAGAACGAAGCCCAUCCGGACGACGGCCAUGACCUCUCUACGGACCAAGACAGUCCUCACCACCACCACCAAAUUAACGGAUCCAACCACGUAUGAUUCUUGGACUUUUCGUUUUGUACUGUAUUUAUAUACAACUAGACAUCAACUCUUUUUUUUUCUCCUUUUUUUGGUUAUUGCAUCUUCCACCAUUUCUUUUUUCUUAUCUUCUGGCUUAGAUUACGCUUUUUCUUCCUAUCUUCGUUUCAUAUCAGGCGCUCAGGUCUGCUUUUGGUUAAUCUCCAAGGCACAGCGCAGGAUUGGAGAAGCACGAGCGCAAGUACAGUUUAGCUAUGCGUAUACCUAACUAUCACGGAUCAGACCGGAAUCGUUUACAUAUCCACUUGUUCAGAUAAAUGAAAUUAAAGGUAGAGUAGUAGUAGUAGUAGUAGUAGCAGUAGUAGUAC